GUAGAAUGACAUGUCCAAACUUACCAUGUUGACACACUGAAUGCGUCGUGUGUGUGUGUGUGCGCGCGCGCGCGUGUGUGUGUGUGUUAUAAGCAAAAUGAAAAGGAAAGAAGAGAAAUUCGGAUCCUUCACACACUAUCAAGCGGGAUGUUUAUGAUGCACUAAUUCAGCAGAUGGCAGUAGCACGGAGGGCUGUCCUCACCCUGGAUGUGAUGCUGAAACAAUAAGGCUCACAGCACCACCACUACCACCACCACCACCAGCAGCAGCAGCGCAAGCAGCGGUGUAGUAAAACAAAACGUCGUGUGCAUGGAGUCCAGAUGCGGCCGCACGCGCCCAGAGGUUGCUCCCGUUGUCGCCGAUGUGAGUGAGCGCGAGCGCCUUGAACGCGCCUCGGUAGUAGUAGUGAACCUGGUUCUUGUGUAAACCAAGCAGCACGGACUCGGAGACUCAUCCCGCACAGCCGUGUCAGCGUCAACCCGCGCUCAUGGCGGAGUUCACGGAGAAACCAGGAAGCGGCGGCGGCGGCGCAGACGCGGACACACAGCGCGAGCUCACGGGCUCGGGCUCGGUUUCGGUAUCGAACGGCGAUUGUGGACUUGCACCAGAGCUGGCUGGAUCAACUGGAGCGGAUAACGUAUCAGACGGCAAACCUGGAAUACCCCGAAAGGCCAGCAUCAUCAAGGAUGGCUCAAGGCAGCGCAAGGAGAGAAAGAAGACCGUCUCCUUCAGCAGCAUGCCCACGGAAAAGAAAAUCAGCAGUGCUAGCGACUGCAUUAAUGCCAUGGUGGACGGUUCAGAGUUGAGGAAAGUCCGGUCCAAUUCCAGAGUUUACUAUCGCUACUUUCUGCUCGAUGCAGACAUGCAGUCUCUCAGGUGGGAGCCAUCGAAAAAGGAGUCAGAUAAAGCCAAAAUUGAUGUGAAGUCCAUUAAGGAAGUGCGGACCGGUAAGAAUACGGACACUUUCAGGACCAACGGUGUUUAUGAUCAGAUUUCAGAAGACUGUGCAUUCUCAGUUAUUUAUGGAGAGAACUACGAGUCUCUGGAUUUAGUUGCAAACACGGCCGAUGUAGCUAACAUUUGGGUGACGGGACUCAGGUACCUGAUAUCGUAUGGAAAACAUACCCUGAACAUGAUUGAAAGUAGUCAGAACAACCUGCGGUCUUCUUGGCUCGGAGAUCUCUUUGAUGAGGCAGAUGUCAGCGGGACCAAAAGCAUAAGUCUUUGUAACGCUGUACAGAUGAUCAAAAAAUUGAAUUCUGGACUGAAAAAUGUUAAAAUAGAACUCAAAAUCAAAGAGCUGCAUAAAGCAAAGGACAAAAUAGGGUGUGAUGUUACGAAGGAGGAAUUUGUUGAGAUCUAUCAUGAUCUUUGCACGAGACCGGAAAUAUAUUUCUUGCUUGUUCAGUUUUCUAGCAACAAAGAAUUUCUGGAUACCAAGGACUUGAUGAUCUUUUUAGAGGCCGAACAAGGUAUGGCCCAGGUUAGUGAAGACACGAGCUUAGAGGUUAUUCGGAGGUAUGAACCAUCCAAAGAUGGGCAGCUCAAGGGUUGUCUGUCAUUAGACGGAUUUACAAACUACCUUAUGUCCAACGACUGCCACAUUUUUGAUCCGGAACAAAAAACUGUAUGCCAAGACAUGAACCAGCCUUUGUCUCACUAUUACAUUAACGCGUCUCACAAUACCUACCUAAUUGAGGACCAGUUCAGGGGGCCCUCGGACAUCACAGGGUACAUCCGUGCUUUGAAAAUGGGAUGUCGAAGCGUAGAGCUUGACGUUUGGGAUGGGCCUGACAAUGAGCCAGUAAUUUACACAGGUCAUACCAUGACAUCUCAGAUUGUCUUCCGCAGUGUUAUUGACAUUAUAAACAAAUACGCCUUUGUAGCAUCAGAAUUUCCUCUGAUUCUGUGUUUGGAGAAUCACUGUUCCAUAAAGCAGCAGAAAGUAAUGUUUCAACACCUUAAAAAAAUUCUUGGGGACAAAAUUCACACCGACCCACCCAAACCCGAAGACACCUACCUUCCCUCCCCCAAUGACUUGAAAGGUAAGAUCCUUUUGAAAGGAAAGAAGCUAGGGAGCACUUGCACAAGCUGUGAGGGGGAGGUGACUGAUGAGGAUGAAGGGGCAGAAAUGUCUCAGCGAAUGAACAUCGAAGGAGGAGAACAGCAGACUGUUACUCAACCUAAAAAGUUUCAACUUUCUAAAGACCUCUCUGACCUAGUGACUUUGUGUAAAUCUAUUCAGUUUAAAGACUUUCAAACAGCAUUCCAGAGCCAGAAGCAUUGGGAGCUUUGCUCUUUCAAUGAGGUGUUUGCUAGCAGGUGUGCUAGUGAUUUUCCUGGUGAAUUUGUAAAUUACAAUAAGAAGUUUCUUGCUCGGGUUUACCCUAGUCCAAUGCGAAUCGACUCAAGCAAUAUGAACCCUCAGGACUUUUGGAAGUGUGGUUGCCAAAUAGUUGCGAUGAACUACCAGACUCCAGGUCUGAUGAUGGACCUGAACAUUGGCUGGUUCCGGCAAAACGGCAACUGUGGCUAUGUGCUUCGUCCAGCCAUAAUGAGAGAGCAGGUGUCUUAUUUCAGCGCAAAUACUAAAGAUUCAGUGCCAGGAGUAUCUCCACAACUCCUUCACAUAAAGAUCAUCAGUGGCCAAAAUUUCCCCAAACCAAAAGGCUCAGGUGCCAAAGGUGAUGUUGUGGACCCUUACAUAUAUGUUGAGAUCCAUGGUAUCCCUGCUGAUUGUGCUGAACAAAGGACUAAAACCGUCCAUCAGAAUGGAGACAAUCCCCUCUUUGACGAGAGCUUCGAGUUUCAGAUUAACCUUCCUGAAUUGGCGAUGGUACGCUUUGUUGUUCUGGACGACGACUACAUCGGAGAUGAAUUUAUUGGUCAGUACACUAUUCCUUUCGAGUGUCUACAGCCAGGCUUUCGUCACAUUCCCCUUCAGUCCUUAACGGGGGAGGUACUUCCUCAUGCCUGGUUGUUUGUCCACGUGGCCAUGACCAACCGACGUGGCGGGGGUAAGCCACACAAGAGAGGGCUGUCCGUCCGCAAAGGUAAAAGGAGUCGGGAGUACGCCACCAUGAGGAUACUGCUUAUCAAGGCAGUGGACGAGGUUUUUAAGAGUGCCAUACAGCCACUUCGAGAAGGAACCGACCUCAGAGAGAACAUGCAGAAUUCUAUAGCGUCAUUUAAAGAGCUGUGUGGUUUGUCAGCGGUGGCCAAUCUGAAACAGUGCAUCCUGGCUUUGUCUACUCGUCUCAUGGGUGCAGACAACAACCCUCUCGUGCUGUUCAACCUGAAUGAGCUGUACCCCAUCAUGGAGGCCCAGGGGCUGCUGCCUGAGGUUCUCAAGAAGGUUUCCACUGCAUACGAGUUGAUGAUCCAGACGAGCAGGACGCUGCUGGAGAACUCAGACGGCGUCUACGAGAGGAUACUCCAAGUGCAGAAAGCAGCUAUGGAGUUCCAUGAGAAUCUUCAUGACAUGGCGGUGAAGGAGGGACUGAAAGGCAGGAAGCUCCACAAGGCAGUGGAGAGCUUCACUUGGAACAUAACUAUUCUGAAGGGUCAGGCGGACCUGCUGAAGCAUGCGAGGGCCGAGGUGCUGGAGAACACGAAGCAGGUGCAUUACGCCGCUCUCACUUGCAACCUAGCCAAGGAAGCCAGACCCCGCCGCAGCCUGGGAGCCAUCCCGGAGAGGGUGUCGGGAGAGAAGGACGUCAGCGAUGACGAGGAGAACUGAAGUCUCGUCAAGCUUCCUGAAGCCCUACUGAGAUUGUAACGUUACAGAGGAAGAGUAGAAUGAUCUAGUGAUAAAGAGGAAGCCAGGCUGUUUCACAAUCUGUGUUUCUUCUACACUCUUUCCAGUAUCAUUCCACACAUGGUUGGGCCAAAGUGCCUCAACUAACGUCGCCAAAAUCCCGCACCCCUCCACCGCUCCCUCGCUCCCACCCCUCUCUACCUAACUCAGGGUAGUCUAAACAGGACUACUUUUAUUUCCAGAGCCUGCUGAUCGCCUCGCUAGCGUUACUGGCACAGUGUUGUGAUUCACUGCAAGUAUUAAACUCAGACGUGCACUUACGGAGCCAGCCUUGCUCCGGGACCGCCCAGAAGCACAAAUUUUUCGAGGAGCUGAAACUGGAGCCGAUUCUAAUAGAGAUAAAGCGAGGAAACGAAGAGUCGAGCUGUUUACAAUGACUAACUAAUUCAUGUUCUGUCUGCCAAAACAGUAUGUGUGUAUAUGUAUAUAAAAUUAUAAAUAUAUAUAUAUAUAUAUAUAUAUAUAUAUGGAGAUCUGUUACAUUUUUUUUGCUAUGUGCGCCAUUUUAACGGAGGAGAUUUAUUUUGUUAAGAUAAAUAGCUGUUUUAAAGAGGAUAUUUUAUUUGUCCGAACACGUGCGAAAGAUGGGGUGACGUGUAUGCCACUCGUUGGUCGUUCGACGAAACACACAACCGACUGAAAAAGUGUUUGUUACAGGUACACGGUUAACUCCUAGUCACCAUUACAGUUACGGUUUCUGGUAAACUAUUUGGUUUGCUAGAAGGAAAGAUCCUUACCACGUGUUUUGCCUAAGCUAAGCCUGCCUAACAACAAGUCUAUCGCCUUUUCCGGCUCGUCUCGUCGGUCUUUCAAGCUGCCGAUCUACUGUUGGACCCAGUGAACCACUCCCUUGCCGAUUUCCAUCAUCUUGCCAGAACACCAAGAAACGGAAACCAGUGUUGUUUGAUACGUUUCAGUGCUGUAAACGUCGGUGUCUUUUUAAUUGUAGUUCAACCAUUUAUACCACCCGGGUAUUGGGGUGGGGGGAGGGAGGGGGGAGGAGCGGGUUAGUUUUGAAACUAAAUAGCGGUUUUGUUUUUACCCCGUGAACUCCUGAAAGCUCUGAAAUAAAUCGUGUUGAAUAAAUAAACCUCUUCGCCUGUGUGUUACUAUCUAACAGUAAAACUCCAAAGGUUUCAACUGAGGGCCGAAGUCAUUGUUGAUGUUGGCUUCGUAUGUCUUGUCUAUUUUUUGUG